CGUUGCUUGGAGACCGCUGUCAACACACGUGACGCGAAGUGUCAGGAUUCUGCGCUUUAACUCUUCACUACAAAGGAGGGACGCACUGAGCACAAUUUGAUCAGUUAAUUCAGUGUUAGAAAUUUUAUUUAACAUGGGAACCGGUGCUAGCAGCCGAGUGCAAGAGAUUCGUCUACAACAGGAAGUCCGUCCACAAGUACCAGAUGAUUCACCUCUGAGGAGGGCCAGUAUUGCUUCUGACAGCUACAUAUUGGAAACACCAAGAAGAAUAAAAGAUAUGGUGAAUCAUGCAGAGCACAAACAGAGGGCUUACAUUAAUGAAAUAGAAGAUCUAAAACGAAAGUUGAGAGAAUCAGAAGAGUGCAGAAAACUGCUGGAGCAGCAGUUAGCAGAAGCUGAAAUCGCAGCUAUGGACAUUUCAGAUCAGAAAACAAUGCUGGAGGACCAAAUUAAUAUUUUCAAAAUGAAAAAUCCACCAAUUAUUUCUUUUGAAGAGACCAUUAAUGCCAAAGAUUUGCUUAUUCAUAGGUUAGAGGAGGACGUUAAGGAACUUCAAAAGCAUAUUUCUACCUUGAAACAACGGCAUAAACGAAAAACAAAAAAACUACAAGCAGAACUCGUCAGUGCACAGCAAGAGGCAGCAAUUGCAGUCUUUGAAAUGAAGGAAAAGAUGCAAAGAAUGCAAGAAGAGAGGAUCGGCACAGGAGGCAAUAUAAGCUCAUCUCAUUCACAGAAUGAAGGCAGUUCAGAUGAAAGUCGAAAUUCCCUCAUUGUGGAAUUAUCCAAGCAGGUGUCUCAUCAGGAAGAGAAAAUCAGUCACUUAGAAGAGGCAAUACAGCAAAAGGACAUGAAGCUGAUGUUGCUGCAGAAGGAAUAUGAUUGUAUUGUAUCUGAGCAGAAUUAUAAAACCAAUGCAACGGUGUCCUCUCGAGCGGGCAACAGUAAGCUUCACACAUCACAUGCUGGCACAAAAACUGUGAAAGAGAAUAACUACACAAAGAUGAACAAUAAUGAGGUAGUGGGACAAGAUAAUCAUUGGUCAAGACCAGAGCUCACUGAUAAUCCAACUUGGGAGAACAGUGGUGUCUUGGAUGUAUCACAAAAUAAUGGUCAAAGAUCAAUGUCAGCUAGUUCUGUUGAAAGUGGGGUAUCUAUGGAACUGCAUGAGGAAGACUGUUAACAAUUUUGAGCUAAGGGAUAUAUUUUAAGUAUUAAAGACAAACCAUACAUAUCUACAAAACCUGGGAAAUGUUUCCAGUAUGCUAUACUGUAUCUGGUAUUCUAAUAAAAACAGACUUUAUUUCUUCGAACUGAAAUGUUAUUAUAAUGUGUGCAUUCUUCUUGUCUGCACAGCUUUACUUUGUAACAGUUUUGCAAUUUAAUAGUUUGAAAGUACUUAUGGACUUAUUAUUUAUAAUUUUCUAUUUUCCAGUAGUAUGUGUUUUCCUUUUGGGCAAAAACUUAACCAAGCAAGAAAAAUUGGAAUGAGCUGGAAAGAAAGCCCAGCAAUCCUCUAGGACAGUAUGAAAAUUAUGAACUGGCAGUAGAAAAGUAACCUGCUGUGCUGGCUACAACUAAAAGUCUAAGUACUUUUUAUUGGGCCUUGGAAGAGCAACAGGUGGUGGCAUCAUGGUGACCAUUAAAAUAUGAGAACAGGGAGGACCAGUAUUUUCCUGCCCAUCUACUAGAUGACAGUUUUGGGGUUGUCCUUGCAUAAGACUGGAUGUGGAGGCAACCUAAGAAACUAGAUUCUUACAGAAUAACUGAAUUCUCAUAGUUGCAUAAACACGUGAAGCCACACAUGAAAAAUUUAGUCUUGUGUCCAUUACCAAGAGCUGGGUAGCUCUUGACCAUAGAAGUUAUCCUGAGGCUUGGCCAAAAAUUACAUUUGCCAGAGUUUUCAAGUUUCCGCACUGCAAAUAGCCCACUUGAGUCUAACGUCAGGAGAAGAGUUAAGGCAAGGACUCACUGGUUGCAGGAAGAAACACCAGGGACAAGUUGGGACAUUUGAGUAAGACGAAAAGUGACAUUAAUGAAAUGCUUUUUACAUCCUUAGAGAAGUGGGCAAGCUACUCCACUGGUAGAAAAAGAUUCAUGACCCAUAUAAUGAAGGUUCAGAAAGGGAUUAAGGUUUUGUCUUCCUUUAAUGUCUCUUUUUAUUUUCUGUUCUGCCAUGUGUAUCUCAGUGGAUGUUUUUCCAAUAAAAACACUUUGAUACAUUCA